AAACAUACCGGAUUAACAGAGCUUGAUCUGAAACUUAACGAACUCGAUCCAUAAAGGGUUUUGUUUUGUGAGUUGGAUCUGGCUUAUUCCGAUGAUGACCGGAGAUCUGAAACUUGAUGAACCUUACGUAGGUUUGAAAUUCGAAUCAGAAGAAGAAGCUAAAGAUUUCUAUGUAGAAUACUCCAAAAGAUUAGGGUUUGUUGUGCGUAUGAUGCAGAGACGAAGAUCAGGUAUUGAUGGAAGAACACUAGCGAGAAGAUUAGGUUGUAACAAGCAAGGCUUUGGUCCUAAUAAUCAACGAUCAUCUAGUUCUAGUUCUAGUUCACGAGAAGGUUGCAAAGCUACGAUUUUGGUGAAAAUGGAGAAAUCUGGGAAAUGGGUUGUUACUAGAUUCAUCAAAGAACACAAUCACUCUCUUCAAUUCAUUGGGUCUUCUUCUUAUGAUUCUUUUGCUGAUAAGGAAAGGAAGAUUAAAGAGCUUACGGAGGAGAUCGAGUGUCAGGACCGAUUAUGCGAUGUGUAUCGGGAUCGAUUGGUGAGUUUUAUCGAUAAUGUUGAACAUUAUACGGAAGAAUUGUCACUUAAAGUUCGAGAUAUUGUGGAGAAUGUUAAGAAACUUGAAUGUCAAAUACAAACAAGAGCUUGAUUCAUCUAUAAGCAUUUGUCGAAAAAUACCGAAGAUUGCUCCUCCUUAGAUCAUAGUUUGUCCUAGCAUUGAACAUUCAAUUAUUUUAGCAGAAAACUAGUGUUAAUUAGGCAAAUUCAAAACAUACAAUUAUCUAUACAAAAAUUAUUGUUAAAAAAAGGGAAUGUUUAAUUGGAGCUAAGAGCAGCAAAUCCACCACCUCUCAUCAUUUGUUUGAACUCCUUAAAAUUAACCAUACCAUCUCCAUCAACAUCAACCUUACUUAUCAUCUUCUUGCAAUCUUCAAGUGUUCUCCCUUGCUUCAACCCCAUUGACGCGAGCACCGACCUCAGCUCUUCAUCUGUAAUGAACCCAUCACCAUUCUGAUCAAAUACUCUAAAGGCUUCUCUCAUGUCCUCUUCUUCCUCUUUCUCUUCCACCAUUUCUUGAUACAAUGAUCCAAACUCAUCGAUAUCCAUGGCCCCGUCUCCAUUCACAUCCAUCUUUGCUAUCAUCUCAUUGAUUUCAUUUUCAGGGACCAUGAUUCCCACGCUUUUAAAGAAGUCUUUCAGCUCGUUUUUCGCAAUCUUCCCGUCUCCAUUCUUAUCGAACAUUUGGAACACUCUACUCAAUUCUCCACGAUCCAUUCUUUAUUGAAACCUUGAUGAUCUUUAAGCCAAAAACUAAUGGAGAAGAAGAAUCAAGAUCAACACAUAGAUUCUAAAAGGAAGCCUAAGCAAGUGAAAUCUUGUAACAGUUUAAACAAAACAGGACGUCGUGAGAAGACAGAAAA